AUGGUCAACAAAGACUAUUAUGCUAUAUUAGGUGUAAGUCGAAUAGCUACGGAUGAUGAAAUCAAACGCGCGUACAAACAAAAAGCACUUAAAUAUCAUCCCGAUAAAAAUCGUGACGAUACUGAUGCAGAAAAAAAAUUUACGGAUAUUAGAGAAGCAUAUGAACUCUUAUCGGAUCAUUAUAAACGUUCAUUAUACGAUCGAUUCGGUUCAGAUGAUAUUCGAAAUUAUUUCAACGCUGAUUCUCGUGGUAGUUUUCGUGAUUCAUUUUCAACCGGUAAUUAUAAUUCUUCAUAUGGCACUGAUGCAGCUUAUGAUGCAGUUCAUAAUUAUUUUGUGCGUUCUAAAGAUCCAACGACAUUCUUUGAUUUAUAUGUUACAUUAGAAGAAAUCGACAAGGGUGCAAUUAGGAAAUUAAAAGUCACACGUAAACGAUUUAAUGCUGAACUGAAUGCAGUGGAAAAAGAUGAAAAAGUUCUUGAAAUUCCAAUAAAACCUGGAUGGAAAGAAGGAACAAAAAUUACAUUUGAAAAUGAAGGUGACGAACAAGAUCAAAAUACUAUAGCAGGUGAUAUUGUAUUCAUUAUUCGAGAUAAACCACAUCCUAUAUUUGAACGUUCAAAUUCCGAUAUAAUCUGUCGAGUUAAACUCACAUUAAAACAAGCAUUACUUGGAACAUUAAUAGUCAUUCCAUUUCUUGAUUCAACUAAACCACCGUAUCAACUACGUACUUUUGAUGAAAUAAUCACACCACAAACAGAAAAACGCUUUCCAAACGAAGGUCUACCUUAUCCAAAAGAUCCAACAAAGCGUGGCGAUCUUAUUAUUAAAUUCGAAAUACUUUUCCCGAAAUCUCUUAAUAGCCAACAAAGUACAUUCGCAGAGAGUUAUUUUCCGAAUUCAUUAGAUUUCUAUCAACCAUAUGAUUCCGUACUUCAUACAACUAUUAUCGAUCGAACUAAGCAACAACAACAACAACAAACACCACCUACACAACAUCAAUCAUCGUCAACAACUCCACUCAAAUCUCAAUCUUCGUCUAAUACUACUAACAACAGCAGUAAUAAUAAUAAUAAUAAUAAUAAUAAUAAUAAUAAUAAUAAUAAUUCCAAAUCUCCUCAUCGUCAUUCGACUAAUAAUGGAUGUCACAAAUCACCAGCUCCUAACAGUCCUAAUCAACCUAAAUCAGCGUCUGUACGUAUUCCCCCGCCGGUGCCACCACGAACCACAUCGACUUCAUAUACCGGAACAUAUGCCAAUGAUGCUGUCUUCUAA